AUGUCGGGGCAGCUGGAGCGGAACAAGCCAAAGGGGACGCAGCAGCAGCAGCAGCAGCAGCGGGAGGCGAGCGGCGGCAUCCGUGGCUCGGUGCGCAGAUCUCUCUUCCGCCACAUGCUGGAUGCCGUUGACGGCUCAUUCAAGAUACUCAUCUGCGAUGCAGCGGCAGCGGCGGUUCUCAACAGCUGCGUGCGCAUGCAUGAGCUGAUGGAGCACGGCGUCACGCUGCUGGAAGACCUGAUGACGGCGCGCCAGCCCAUCAUCAACAGCCCCGCGCUGUACUUUUUCACCCCUGACGACGCGACAGUUGGCCGCGUCAUGGAGGACUGGAGUGUGAAGGAGCCGUAUAAGGAGGCUCACAUCUUUGCUCUAAGCACCACGCCGGAGCGGUACGUGCAGCAGCUCGCGGAGUCGCGUUUGGCGCCCAAGGUGAAGAGCUUCAAGGACAUGUUGUUGGACUUCUCCACCCCAGAGACGUUGGUGUUUCACCUCAACAUGCAGAAUGAGUUUGCGCAGCUGCUUUCGCCGGUGGUGCUGCCGGCGCGGGAGGCUGCGUUGGACAUUGCGGCAUCGCGUCUGGUGUCGGUGUUUCACGCCCUCAAUAAUGGUGUUCCUGUCAUCCGCUUUCAGAACCGGAGCGGCAUCUGUCCAGGGUUUGCCAAGAUUUUCUUUGAGAAACUGGCCAAACUCUGUCACGACGUGCCGGACUUUAAGAAAGGUGGCGACGGCGGUGACAACCCGCUGCUGAUCAUCCUUGACCGCUCCUUUGAUACAGUGGCGCCGCUGGUGCACGAACGCACGUACCAGUGCCUGCUGGAGGAUCUGAUGCCGCUGGAGAACAACAUGUACGAGCAGACCUUCAAGAAUCGGCUUGGGGCGGACUCGAAGCGGCAGUUCCCUGUGGACGAGGAGGACCCCUAUUGGUGCCGCUACCGCCACCGCUUCUUUGCGCAUUGCCUCGAGGAGCUGCCCGCAGCACUCAAGAAGCUGCACUCGGAAAAUCCGAGCCUCGCGCAAGGGAUGGGGCAAAACGCCAAUGUCGCUGAACUUGGCGGUGCUGUGCGAGCCCUGCCCGAGUUUCAGGAGAAGCAGGCGAAGCUGUCAAUGCACAUUGAUAUUUGCACGAAGGUCAUGGCGCAGUACCGGGAGCGGCGUCUCGCUGAAGUGUGUGAGGUGGAGCAGGAUAUUGCUGCGGAGCGCAAGCCGUUCAAGACUAACCUAGAAAAUGUUCGACGGCUGCUGAAGGAAGUCACUGUACCACAGGAAGUGCGACUGCGUCUGUUGCUGCUUUUUGUGGCGGCGAGCAACACCAGUGAGUUUACCGAAGUAAGGAAGCAGCAGCUCAUCCAGGAAAGCGGGAUGGCGGGGGACGUCAACCGCAUCGCCAGCCUUGAGCACCUGACGAGUAGAGUGGGGCGGGUUAGGAGGGAAGCUGCUGUCCUGGGGCAAGAGAUGAAUGGUAAACAGCAAACCGCUAACACCCCUGGCACGAAUGCAGCGAGCGGGGGAGACCCAUUUCUCAAUCAGGCCUAUCUUGUCAUGGAGGCGGCGGUGAAGAAUACACUGAGUGCGGCGGACUUUCCUACUAUGAACUCUCCGAAUGAUGCAGGGCCGACCGCAGCCAGUGGCGGGGUGAUGCGGGACGCACCAUUCAAGAAGCGAACGCUACGCGCGGGACUUUCGCUCGUUGCCCUAAAACAAGAUGGUGUGAACGGCCAAAUGGGUGCCAAUAGCGGUGUUGCUGGUGGUGGUGGCGGUGGUUAUACCAGCACCGGCAGCAUGUCACCAGCUGUGUCCCCCCGUGGUGGAGGAAAAGGUGUGAGUCUCCUUGACCUGGGCAACAGCGGCGGGAUCAUUUCCCUCCAGAGCACGCAACGCAUUGUGGUGUUUGUGCUGGGUGGUGUGACGUGCAGUGAAAUGCGCGCGGCGUACGAGGUGUCGAAAGCGCUGGGUCGUGAGGUUAUAAUUGGGGGAACCUCCCUGCUACGACCAGAUGAGUUUGUGCGGGAACUGAAUAACCUCCGGUAG